AGAUGGUGUCGACAAGGAGAUCUCUCAGCUCCUUGUAGAGCAAGAUCUAUAUUGGUGCAUCCAAUCCAGCUUCCCUGUUAACACAAGACUAAAAUUCAGCAUUUAGUCCUAAGAAUUUAGGAGGGUGUAUCUGCAACUUGCAUCAGUCUCAGCAUAAGUGCACUUGUGUUCCGCCGUGUGUGUUGGUGAAGCUUCUUCUGAGUGUUCCAAUGGCAGAACUGGUGGUCUCCAUGGCCAUCGGGCCAUUGAUGUCCAUGCUCAAGGACAAGGUGUCCAGCUACCUCCUCGACCAGUACAAGGUGAUGGAGGGAAUGGAGGAGCAGCACAAGAUUCUCAAGCGCAAGCUUCCAGCCAUCCUUGACGUCAUCACCGACGCUGAGGAGCAGGCGACGGCACACAGAGAAGGGGCGAAAGCAUGGCUCCAGGAGCUCAAGGCGGUGGCCUAUGAAGCAAAUGAAGUCUUUGAUGAAUUCAACUACGAAGCACUACGUCGUGAAGCCAAGAAGAAGGGUCACUACACCGAGCUUGGCGUCGAUGUAAUUAAACUCUUCCCUACUCACAACCCUGUUGUGUUCCGUCACAGAAUGGCUAGCAAGCUUAGCCGGGUUCUGCAAGCCAUUGAGGUCCUCAUAGCAGAGAUGCAUGCCUUUAGGUUCAAGUACCGACCACAGCCAUACGUGUCCAAGCAGUGGAGGCAGACAGAUUAUGCUAUCGUUGACCCACAUGAAAUUGCCAGAAGAUCUAGAGACAAAGAUAGGAGGAUUAUUGUUGAUACACUACUUCGUCAAGCUAACAAUGCAGUACUCACAGUUGUUCCCAUCGUUGGAAUGGGGGGCCUUGGAAAGACCACAUUAGCGCAGCUCAUAUACAAUGAACAUGAAAUUCAGAAGCAUUUCCAAUUGCUGCUUUGGGUCUGCGUUUCUGAUACCUUUGAUGUGAACUCCUUGGCUAAGUGUAUAGUUGAAGCAUCUCCCAAGAAAAAUGAUGAUACUGAAAAAUCACCAGUGGAUAGACUUCAGAAAUUGUUAAGCGGACAAAGGUAUCUCCUUGUAUUGGAUGAUGUCUGGAACAGAGAGACCCAUAAGUGGGACAUGUUGAAGGUGUGUCUUCAGCAUGGUGGCACAGGUAGUGCAGUAUUGACAACAACUCGUGACAAACAAGUUGCUGAAAUCAUGGGUGCAAAUACAACCCAUAAUCUCAAUGUUUUGGAUGAUAGUUUCAUAAAGGAAAUUAUUGAGGCUAGAGCAUUCACUCCGGAGAAAGUAAAGCCUACCGAGCUAGUUGAGUUAGUUGGUGAGAUUACGAAGAGAUGUUGUGGCUCUCCUUUAGCUGCAACUGCACUGGGCUCUCUACUUCGUGCCAAGACCAGCGUGGAAGAAUGGAAGGCUGUAUCAUGUAGCAGCAGUAUUUGCACCAACGAAACUGGAAUUUUGCCAAUACUCAAGCUUAGCUACAAUGACUUGCCAUCAUACAUGAAGCAGUGCUUUGCUUUCUGUGCUGCAUUUCCCAAGGAUUACAAGAUUGAUGUGGAAAAGCUUAUCCAACUAUGGAUAGCAAAUGGAUUUGUCCCAGAACACAAUGAAACAAAUGGAAGACAUAUUUUCAAUGAGCUGGCAUCAAGGUCAUUCUUUCUUGACAUAGAAAAAAUUAAUGAUCGUCGGAAGUAUUAUUCUAGGACUAUAUGUAAAAUCCAUGAUCUUAUGCAUGAUAUUGCAAUGUCUGUUAUGGAGAAAGAAUGUGUUGUUGCAACUGAGAAACCAAAUCAAACCGAGUGGUUUUCAGAUACUGUUCGGCAUUUGUUUUUGUCAUGUGAAGAAACAGAAGGUAUUUUGAAUGGUUCCAUGGAGAAAAGAUCUCCUGCUAUCCAAACACUGCUAUGCGAUAGUUUUGUGUGGAGCCCAUUGCAGCAUCUGUCAAAGUACAGCUCUUUGCAUGCCUUGACUGUCGCUACAGCUAAAGCAUCAUUUGUACUGAAACCAAAGUAUCUGCAUAAGCUGAGGUACCUUGAUCUCUCAAACAGUUAUCUGGAAGCACUUCCUGAAGAUAUAAGUAUUCUAUAUAACUUACAAGUGUUGGACCUUUCCUACUGUGAAUUUCUUGCUCGUCUUCCUAGGCAGAUGAAAUAUAUGACUUCCCUCCGUCACCUCUACACCCAUGGAUGUAAGAAGUUGAAGAGCAUGCCUCCAGAACUUGGAAAUCUCACUAAGCUGCAGACUCUUACAUAUUUUAUUGCAGCGGUUACUGGCCCUGAUUGCAGUGAUGUUGCAGAGCUGGAGCAUUUAAACCUUGGUGGUCAGCUAGAGCUAUGUCAGGUAGAGAAUGUUAGAGAAGCAGAGGCAAAAGUGGGAAACCUCGGAAAAAAGAAGAAUCUCAAAGAACUGAGAUUAAGAUGGACUUCUGUUUCUGACAGCAAGGUGCUCAACAAUUUCGAACCUCAUGAUGGGCUGCAGAUUCUGAAGAUAUAUUCCUACGGUGGAAAGUGUAUGGGUAUGUUGCAAAACAUGGUUGAGAUCCAUCUUUUUCAAUGUGAUAGAUUGCAAGUUUUGUUCAGAUGCGGUACAUCCUUCACUUUUCCAAAACUGAAGGAGCUUAGCCUAGAACAUCUGUUGGAUCUUGAGAGAUGGUGGGAAAUAAAUGAGAGGCAAGAAAUAGUAUUUCCUGUGCUUGAGAAGUUGUUUAUUAGGCAUUGUGGAAAGUUGAUCGCAUUACCUGGAGCACCAUUGGUUCAUGAAGCAUGUAGUGGAGGUUUUCGCUCGGCGUUUCCAGCCCUACAGGUACUCAAAUUGGAAGACUUGGAGAUUUUUCAGAGAUGGGAUGUUGCAGUCAGAGGAGAACAAAUAUUGUUUCCUGAGCUUGAGGAACUGUCAAUUUGGAAUUGCCCAAAGCUGGCGGAUUUACCUGAAGCACCAAAACUUAGUGUAUUACAAAUUGAAGAUGGCAAGCAAGAGAUCCUCCAUUCGGUAGACAGAUAUAUAUCUUCACUAACCAAGCUGAUACUGAAUCUACAAAACACAGCAACGUCAGAGGCCGACUGCACUGUAAUUGCAUCGGUGGACAACAACGAGAAAUGGCUCCAGAAAUCUGCUCUUACAUUUAUGGAGUUACGAUGCUGCAACUCAUUCUUUGGAUCAUUUGCACUAGAGCCGUGUGACUAUUUUAUACAUCUUGAAGAGUUGAAAAUUGAUAGAUGUGAUGUGCUUGUCCAUUGGCCUGAGAAAGUGUUCCAAAGCUUGAUAUCCUUGAAGAUGUUAGAUAUUUGUAGAUGCAAAAAUCUGACUGGAUAUGCACAAGCUUCUCUUGAGCCAGCAGCAUCUGAAAGGAGUCAACACCAGCUGCCAGGUCUCCAGGUUCUUACCGUAAUUGGUUGUGAAAGUUUGGUAGAGAUGUUCAAUGUCCCAGCAUCUCUCAAGAAAUUGACUAUUGAAGGGUGUGAUAAGCUUGAGUCAAUAUUUAGCAAUCAGCAGCAGGGCAUGUCAGUGUUAGUUCAAGGGUCUUCUUGCAUUGACGCAAUCGCACGUACAGCUGUAUCAGAGUUGUCAUCAUCACCCAUGAAUAACUUUUGCCCAUGCCUAGAAUAUCUGUGUUUAUGUUACUGUGGAAAUUUACCAGAGGUUCUGAAUCUUCCACCGUCCUUAAAGAUCAUGACUAUUCAUUACUGCAGAAGUAUUCGAGUCCUGUUAUGUCAGCUGGAUGGUCCCCCAGGACCACAAGUCAGUGCUUCCAUAAAUGCACUAGAGCCAUCAGCAGAAACUAGAGAGCAUUCACUCCCUCCUUAUCUCAGAAAUCUAUCAAUAUGGUCCUGUGACAUGUUGGGCGGGAUUCUUGGCCUGCCCACGUCCCUCAUGCGCCUGAGCAUUAGGAACUACAAUGGGUUCACAUCGUUGGAGUCUCUGGCGGGAGAGCCCCCAUCGUUGGAAGAACUUGCCCUUGUGGGCUGCAGUACCCUGGCAUCCCUACCGAAUGAGCCGCAUGCAUACAGGUCUCUGGAAGACCUUGUCAUUACAGACUGUCAUGCCCUAAAGAAGCUCCCUAGAUGCCUGCAGCAGCAACUGGGCAGCAUUAAAUGGAAAGAGCUGGAUGCCCAAUAUGAAGGAAAAGGGAAGUCGGACGAUGCUCACAAUAUCCUCCACCUCCGGUGCUCGGUCGCCGGUGCUGCACCUCCCUACCACCAGCACCAGCACCCCCCGCCUCUUUCCCCGGCCAUCUGCCCCUCCCCCGCAUACGACUCAGGCGGCCCCUCGUUUGCUCGCCCCCGCCGCGAUUUGAGCCCACUGACAUUCAAGAACUGGGGAGGUCGAGGGCGGCGGUGA